GCUGGGAGCGGCGUCGGCGGAAAAAAGAAGCCAGGUCCUGCUUGAGGAAAAACCUACCUGCAGGUGGCUUCUACAGAAAGAAUGGCAGAAAAAGUAAACAACUUCCCCCCGCUCCCUAAAUUCAUCCCCCUGAAGCCGUGCUUCUACCAGAAUUUUGCUGACGAGAUUCCGAUCGAUCACCAGACACUGGUGAGGAGGAUCUAUCAUUUGUGGAUCUUCUACUCCAUCACGUUGGGCGUUAAUCUCAUUGCUUGCCUGGCUUGGUGGAUCGGUGGUGGUUCCGGUGUGAAUUUUGGCUUGGCCAUCCUCUGGUUGAUCAGCUUCAGCCCCUGCAGUUAUGUCUGCUGGUUCCGGCCCAUCUACAAAGCUUUUCGUAGUGAAGUUAAACUUGGCCAUCUCAGCCAGCUCUAUACCUUCACCCGCAUUCUUCAAUUGCAGGUAUAAUUGGGAUUUUUUUGGUGUAUAUAUUAUUCUUGCUUCUGCUGUCAUAUAUAAAAGCAAAGUUCCAUGUUUUCUUUUCAAGAGAUCUGUCCAUCAGUUCCAACAGAUAAUGGACAGAUUGGAGCGCUGGGC